GAUAAUUGGCUUAGAUGGUGAAAUGGUUAUUCUUGUUAUAAGAGGUUGAAGAUUCGGUCCUCCUCAUCCUUAUAUUUAUAUGCAUUCAAAAAUUCAAUAAUGUUGUUAUGUUGGAGGGAUUAAAUGACACAUGACCUUGGUAUUAGGAGAAUUUUUUAUUUUAUUUUAUUUUUUUAUUUAUUUUUAAAACAAAAACCACUAUGAUACAAAAAAAUAAUAAGCCCGAGAACAUGGCAAAUUUUUGAACAGGAGAACCCAAAAAACAAACACACGCCCAUAAUUUUGUCAAAAUUUCGUUUCUAUGUUAUAAUUUGUUAAUUUUUUGUUCAAAUAACUGGUGUUCAAUUCUUCAAUUCGUUGAUUUCCCACGAAAAUUGAUGCCGGAAUAACCAAUUUAGGGUUAAUUGAUGCGAAAUAUUGGCAACAUUGAGAUAGUUUUCCCGGGUUAGGGUUUCCAAUUUCCGAAUUUUGAUGCAACAAACCUCAAUCAAAUUGAAUUAAUUAGACAUGAGCAGAUUAUCGUUUCGACCUCGUCCUCUGGACAUUCAUAAGAAACUCCCCAUUGUUAAAUCUUUCAAAGAUUUUGAAGAUGAUGAUACUCCAACUUCUACUCGAAAUUCCCAAAUUUUACGCUAUGCUGAGCCUGAAAAUGAGGUUCAACAUGUUCCUAGUAAGAAGACUGCGGCCGAAAUACCGACCCCGGAAUUUGUUGUUGUUGAUACAUAUGAAAGGGAUUACUCUCGCACAUUUUCCCAACCAAAUUCAUAUAUACGUGCAAGAGGAGCGCGAGCUGAGCUUGGUGAAUUUGUUGAGUAUGACUUGGACAUGGAGGAUGAGGAAUGGCUUCAUGAAUUCAACAAAGAUAAGAAGAUUCUAUCACCUGAAAAACUUGAAAAUCUUCUCUUUAAGUUGGAGGUUCUCGACCAUAAAGCACGGGAAAGGGCAGGUGUUAUAGCACAAACACUGGGUUCCGCAAUUCCUGUUCUUCUACAUAUCGAUGCUGCAGUUGAGGCCCUGCAAUCUCAGCCGAUAAAGUACGCUGUUCUUGAAUCUGUUUAUUGGUACUGGAAGGAGAAGCGUGAGCGGUGGCAGAAGCCUAUCCUUAGGCGCUUGCAGCCACCACCUCCUGUCAAUGAUACAAAUCCAUACAAUGUGUUUAGGCCAAGAGAGAAAGCCCACAGACUCCAUACAAGAAGGAUGCAAAGGAGGGAAAACAAUGUGCAAUCUUUUGAAAAGCUUCGUCAGGUCAGACGCAACCUUGACCAAGCGAAGACCAUCUUGGAAGCACUGAUAAAGAGAGAAGAGAAAAAGAGAGAUGUUAUGGAGAAUGAAGUGAGCCUUCAGAGGAUACAAUUGAAGUACAAGCAUGAAACUGAGCUGCUUGAAGAUAGCUUUAUCCUUCCGUCGUUUCAACCUUUCUCUAAAUUUGGCUCAAGUGAAGAUGAAUUUAUGGAUUCAGAAGAUGCUGCAAACAACCAGCUUCCUGUCCAACCUGGUAGAGUACCAACUCAGUUUGUUGAUUCUAAGCCUGUGAUGGUUCAGGCAGGAAGCUUGAGACAUGAUUUGAGAUGGCGAAAUGUAGCAAGCAAUUGGAUACGUAGAGUGGAUCCAUUAGAGCCAGUUAUGGCGUUUACCAAGCCUCUUGUUCCAGAGAAGCUGGCAGCUGCUGGAAUUGCACCCCCUUCAGAUUCAAUUGUGCCCCCUUCAGAUCCCUCAAAGUCUUCUGGUUCUGCAAGAUCGCAUGCAUUUCGUGGGAGAAUUGGUCGAGGGGGAAGAAUGAUAUUUGAUAGAUGGAAUCCACUUAUGCAUACACCAGUUAACUGUGGAGAUUCCUUGUACCUGUCUCCGAGACAACAGCCCUAAACACAGUUUUACGUAGCCAGGCUAGUCUGGUUUGAGCUGUUCUUUGUAAAAAUGCGGGAACCAAGUUGUCGCUAACUUGUCCUUUGCCAAUCCAGCAUCUAUUAAAUGCUAAUUUGCUGUUUCAUCAGUUCAUCACCCUUGUACCGGCAGCAUGCAGUCCUUUUUGGAAGGAUUUUUCUAAACCGUUAAAGUGCAGUGGAGUCAUCUUGCAAAUUGAAGGUAUGCAUAUUGGUUUGGAAGAAUAUGAUCGAUCCACAGGAACUAAGCGACCUACUUAAAUGCGGGGAGCAGCUUCCUGAUACUUUGUAUUACCACUGUAUUCUAUCAACAAAUGAGCAGUCCCUUUGAUGAUUUGUUGGUAUUGUCAUGCUACGUCAAAAACGUAGGUGAAACUACAUUGUUGUUAUUGCACCUCUUGUUUAAGUGAUUGAACUUAGGCUUUGUAAAAUUGGAAACGAAAAUUUCAAUUAAAACAUGAUUGGCUGUGUAUAGCUUUGUAGAAUAGGUGAUUCAUGGUGAACUAUGUCGUCAUGUUUGCAAUUCGGUAUAGCUCUAUUUAGUAUUCCAGUGCUUUGCAAGCUGUGAAGUUUGUGAAUUAUUUGUGAUUUAUAACUGUAUGCUUUAUUCUAGUUUCUUCUCUUUGGUCUUA